UUUGCCUACCGCCAUAAAACACAAAAGAAGAAGAAUUAUCAACCAAAACAAACGCCGCCUGGUUGUUGUGAGUGGCUAGGCAAACGUUUGUCUAUUUUGUCACUGAGGUGCUUGUAGUCUCUUUUUGUUCUAGUCACCAGUCACCUGUUAAUCUUAGCUGGGAGACGACAUGCAUGAGGGUUCGACCUCGCGCAUGAAGCUUUUGUCGCUAUCAAACCACACCGAUUCCGUGAGGCUACGAAGAGUUGGCGCGGAGAAGAUGAAUGAGGUUAGUCAGCAUAUGGACAUGAGUCACAAGCAAGCCUGCAUCGACCUGGAGAGGGCCACCCAAAUCAUCACACAAGUGUUACAGCAUGAAGUGGUUAAGAACCAGGAGCUCUGCAUGUUGAUUCGCCGUCUGGAAGAGAAGGAGGCGGAGACUGGGCGGAGCCUGACAGAGCAGGUGGAGUCAAACAAGCAGCUGAAGCUGAAGAUCGAUGAACUGCAGAAACACCUGGAGGAGAAACACUACUCACUGAUACAGGCCAACCAGACUGUGGUUUUGCUGAAGACUGAACUAAGAGACCUGUGUCAACAGCUGCAACAAAGCAAUAGCAGUGAUCAGGAUGCGAAUGAGAGGCCACACAUUGGGGAAAUCCAGAUCAAGCAAAUCAAGAGUCCCAGCUCUCCUCUCCAAUCAGACCAGCUGACGGCAGCUGAUGAGCCGCUGGACUGGUCAGAACAGAUGAUGUCGCCUGACGGUCAAAAUCUGAUGGUCUCGUCUCACAGUCAGACCCUUCUGGACGCUCCAGUGUCUGGGAUUAAAGAAGAGAAUGCUGUUCAUGGAUAUGAGGAGUGCAGCCAGUAUGAGAGAGCUGACCCCAGAACACAGCAGACCUCCUCUUCAGCUGCAGACGUUAAAACCAAACAGACCCAGGAUGAACAAUCAAACACGGCUCCAGUCUUCAGCGUUAAAUCAGACCCGACCCCUACAGACCAUGUGUCUCCGGCCCAGUUGAAGAGGGCAACAGGGAUGCAGGUGGACUACCGUCAAUCACAGGAAGCACGAGAGAUAAACGUAGAGAACUGCAGAGAUGCAGACCAAUCUGAGAAUGGAAAAGGAUCUUAUCUCUCCUCGUCCAUCUUGCACACUGAGACGAGGAAACCAAAGCAUUACCUCUGCUCUGUCUGUGGCAAAUCCUUCCAGUUUUGGUCUGCGUUGCAAAAACAUCAGAGCAUACACACAGUAGAGAAACCAUACUGCUGCACUCAGUGUGGCAAGACUUUCACUUUCAAUCAUAAUCUCAAAGUACAUCAGCGCAUUCACACAGGAGAGAGGCCGUAUCAAUGUGCUCAAUGUGGGAAGGGUUUCUGCCAAAGCAGUAAUCUCAAAGUACAUCAGCGCACUCACACAAGAGAGAAGCCAUAUAAGUGCACUCAGUGUAACAAGAGUUUCACUCACAUGAGCACACUCAAACGACACCAGCUCAGUCACAUAGGAGAAUGGCCGCCACACAGAAUUCUGAGACAAGAGUUUCACUCGAGAGGUCAAACUCAGACAACACCAGUGCAACUCCCACCAUUCUAGUCCCUGAACAUGGUGUGCAAGGAAGUCACCAGGUUUGAUGAAGUUAGAUACAUCCUCCAUGCCACAGGGAGGCAGUACUCACUCAGUGUAGUCAGAGUGGCAACCUACAGCAUCAUUCUAACAUCAACAGAUUCAAUUCGCCUUAUUCACACGGAGGCCAGAACAGCCAUCCAGCAGAUGGUGGUGGUAAUGCACUCCGUUUGCAAACUGAAGAAAAAAGAGGCCAGCGAACCCUUUUUCAGCUUUUUUUUUGGCAGUUUGCAAACGGAGUGCAUUACCACCAACUGUUGGACUGAGGUGUAAUGGCAAAUAUACCCUGUAGCCUGUUCUGCUGACACACCGUGUGCCAGGAACUCACUAGGCUGUGCAUGUCAAUGCAUUUUGUAUCCAUCCUGUACCCUUGUGUUUGGCUGCAGAAAGUGUCUACUGACAGCCAUGUCACAGCCCUGAAGUAGUACAAUGUACAAUGUGUUGCGGAUGUCUACAGACAAUUGUUCAUUGCUGUUUUUAUUGCAGGUGUUUAUGAUGCUGUAACAAAUCGACAUGUUUGAUUAAAAAUUCAAGAACAAACAAGAAACAUAUUUUGUGAUAUGAUGAAUAGAUAGAGAGGUAACAAAGAGGAACAUACAC